CUUGACGUACGACGAUGCUUGUGACGCUGCUCCUCAACGAGACGACGCCGCCGACGCUCUUCCGGUCCAUCCCGAUUUCGUUUCUCCUCAGUACGACCGACGCUACGGACGACGAAGAGAAGCAGAUCGACGUCGUCAAGCCCAAGAAGACCGUGCCCAAAUACUGCUGCAACAUGGACGGCUGCGACCGCGUCUCGCAGCGCUUUGGCCUCUGCCAUCGCCAUGGCGGCAAGCGCGCGUGCAAGGCCCCCAACUGCGAGUCCAAGGACCGCGGCAGCGGCUUUUGCAUCAAGCACGGCGGCGGCCGGCCCUGUGAGAUUGCCACGUGCACGAAAAAGGUUCGGCGAAAGGGCGUGUGCGCGCAGCAUUUUCGCCAGCUCUACCACGCCUCGCCGUAGUCUAGUAUCCUCACACUCUUUUUUAUUUAAUGUCGAUCGACGCCCGCUUUAACGACAACUUGUGCGUCUCUUUACCAG